CGGUAACACUUGAUUCAUAUUAGCCACGCGAUUAGCUACACAUGAUAUGAUAGCUUUCGGGCAACUUGUUCUGUUGUAUCACCCUAAUGCUGCGAGCCGUGCGGGGACUAAUGCAAAUGAUGGUAACUGCCGGCUCCGGCGGGUAUCUACAUCAUACAUGUAGGUACCUAAGGUACCUAAAGGUAAGCUCCGAUCUCGAUACUUAUCGCCUUACAUAUGAACCAACACUACACCACCACAUUCCAACGACUCGAAUGUCGCAGAUAUCCUAUCAAGGGAGUAAAUCUGAGAGCGAAUAUUAGCCACUGCCCACGGGAAAAGGACACGCUUUAUAAUGUCGUCUAAGCUGUAACAGCUGAAUCCUGGACCCCUGAUUUAGAAUAUAAUAGUAGGUGGGGAACUCCGGCGCGGACUGCGUUCCCAGGUGUUCCCAGGCUUUCCCAUACAGUCGGGUUACGCAAAAUUCCAGUCAGCUGGGGCGGACAUCCCUAACUAUACAUCGGACGUGUGGGGGAUCCGUUUACAAAUAUAAGUUAAGGAGAGGCCAUAUACGAAUUACUCUUAAGGCUGAAAUAGAAGAAGUAUAAGAGCACUCUCGCUGCAUAUAAUUUAAGCUAAAUACCCCACAAUCUACAACCGCGGCUCUCAAAAGAUCCACAAGAUGACUACCGGAAAUAUUAGUUUCGAGGACUACCUCGGUUUACAGGCUUGUUUAGUCGAGUGGGCGGACAGCUAUGACACCAAGGACUGGAAUAGACUACGGGAGUGUAUAGCGCCUACUCUGCGCAUUGACUACCGCUCGUUCCUAGACAAGCUCUGGGAGGCGAUGCCGGCCGAGGAAUUCGUGACUAUGGUUUCGUCCCCGGCAGUACUAGGGGACCCGCUGCUCAAGACACAGCACUUCAUUGGUGGCUCCAAAUGGGAGAAGGUAUCGGACACGGAGGUUAUAGGCACACAUCAGCUGCGCGUGCCGCACCAGCGGUACACGGACCCGACGCGCAGCCAGGUCGCCGUUAAGGGUCACGCUCAUUCUACCAACGUCCAUUGGUACCGCAAGGUUGACGGUGUCUGGAAGUUUGCUGGUCUCAAUCCCGACAUCCGCUGGAGUGAGUACGACUUUGAGAAGGUGUUUGCUGAUGGCCGUGAGGAGUUUGGAGAUGCGAUUGCUGCGAAGGCAGAGGGUAUCCCGGUUAAGUUGGAGGGCCUUGCGGCUAGUGUAUAAGGGUUAUUUGGAGGUAUUUAAGGCGGGUAUUCUCGGUUGCUAUAGGCCCGGAUGGUGUUUGAGAAUGUUUCUCUCCUAUUAUACGUAUGUCGGACGUAUGUUGGAUGGUUGGCAUACGCAUGGCAGAUAAUUGGAACAAGAAGGAUUCGGUAGCAUUGGUAUUCAUAUGAGUUGUUCGAGUCUAUUGUCUAACCGCCCAAUGGUCUAUUAAUAAAUCCCGUAACGACGUCUUAAUGUAACUCAAUCCAUAUGAAGGAAGAUGACUGGCA